AAUCUUCAUCCUCGUCAUCAUUGACAACCACUUCUUGCGACUUUUAACUCUCUUGUCUCUGACCCUGAGGGACCUAAUACUUUACAUUUAUCAUCACAUCUUCCUUUCUACUUCGCAGUCUUUCACAAUGGGUUGGUUUUGGGCCGAAGCUGCUCCCGCGACCGUCCAUGUCCCCAUUGGACAUCCGUCUGUCCCCGCGAACGCCGAUAAAGCACCUCCCGCUGGUUGCCCUAUGCAUAAAAAGACCCUCGACAAACUCAACCCCGACGCCAAAUGCCAGAAGCCCCAAGAUGCCCCAGCUGCAUCAGGCUGCCCCGUCCCUCAUGCCGCCAAAACCGAGGAGAAGCCCAAGUCAUUGAUCUCCCAGCUCAACCCUCUCAAUUACAUGUUCCCCGAUCUAUCCCAGAAGCCCGCGCCUAACCAGGCUUUCGCUCUACCAACAACACGAGAUGAAUCAACUAUCCCCAAGGGCUCGGGCGACGGGAACUGGGAGUACCCCUCCCCUCAGCAAAUGUACAAUGCGCUCCUACGGAAGGGAUACACAGACACGGACAUCACGGCCGUUGAAGGCAUGGUUUCGGUGCACAACUUCCUAAACGAGGGCGCAUGGCAGGAGAUCAUCGGUUGGGAGCAGCGAUUCUCCAAGGGACUGUACAAGGGAUGGCAGCUCUGCAAGAGGGGCGAGGCUCAUUUCGAUGAGGAAUUAGACCGACAGUGGGAUGGCUCAGAUUCUGAGCCUACUCUCGUCCGCUUCCAGGGCCGGCCCAAGGACUUGACUCCCAAGGCCACCAUGCUGCAGGUCCUGGGUUGGGUCUACCCCUCCAAGUUUGGCACCGAGCCUCCUUUCGACCGACACGACUGGUAUGUUUCCCGAGAUAUCAACGGCGAGAAGAAGGAGGUCCGAUAUGUCAUCGACUACUACUCUGGUGAGCCCGAGGUCGAUGGCGAGCCCGUCUUCUUCCUGGACGUGCGCCCUGCCAUGACCCCCCAAGGCGCUGCCGAGCGCAUUAUCCGAUGGAGCACGGAUGUAUGGUGGAAGGCCAUUGGCGGCGACAGGCGGGAGCAGGACCCCCAGCCCUGGUUCCGGGGUACUUAGUAACGGAUGUCAAUUUCUAGGCGCUUGGGUCACGACGGAUGCAUGUUUUGGCUAGGGACGCUUGUUGCAUUUUUCUCCUCUCUGAUUUCAACGGAUGGGCUGUAUUUCUAUAAUCAUGACUGAACGUCACAUGUACGAGCCGCGAAGGGGGAAAACUAUAUCGUUUUUGUAUUAUACAGGAUCAUUGGGCUCGGCAACGCCUAGUUCAGAGUAACGGCCAAAUUGUUU